AUGGUCUUCCUGAGGUUGGAGGUUUUUCAUCAGGUAACGGCGCAGUUGCAGUGCUCCACGCCGGGAGUCCAAUCUCUUCUGUGCACGCUAUUAGUGUUUUACGACAUCUACUACUGCCGAAGACCACUGCCACCUCCAGAGCGCCCUCUCGAGCCAUGGGACAGUGCCUGGGAAGACGUCAAGAGAUGGCUUAAUGGUGCUCAUGUCACUAUGCUUCUGAGCGCUCUGAUUCUCGGCUACGGAACAUUUCUCGCCGUCGACCAAGAGCCUCCUUCGACGUUCUUCUGCUCGACUCUCCUGGACAGCCGGGUCCUGACACUUGCCCUCCAAUUGCUGGGAUUGUUCUUGGAUGCCGCCAUCGCCAUCAUCCUCCACCGGAUCCUCUCGUGGACAAAGACAACGAAGCUGAGGCUGAGAACCCUCGGCGUGAUCCAGGCCCUGACUGGUGUCUUCAUCAAAGUCUUCCAGAUUCUCGCCUCUCCUUUCAUCUCCACCGAUGAGGGAUACCCCACGUCCAUCAGGGGUCUCGACUCGCUGUACUUCUUCGACAUUUUCAUCGACAGCUUCACCUUCACCGCGUUGAUCGGCUCGCUCGCCAUCCUCGUCUGCGAGACCAGUCCUUCCGUCCCGGCCAGCGUUAUCACCUUCAUAUCAGGAAUGUCAGCAGCCUACCAAAACGUCACGCGCAUCGGUCAAUGGCAGAUUCACUCCAAGUUCGCCGCCAUCCUCCCGCUGUACUUCAUCGCCACGGGCUUCGGGUCCCUCUUGUACACCGCCAACAUUAGGUCCGUCCUCUUUGUUCGGAGGGUCGUCAUCGUUGUCGUGCUGCCGUUCUUCCUCUUGGCCAUGACCCUGUAUGGUGCCCUCAAGUCGGAUACAGUCAAGGGCCAUCCCCUCGAGAGGGAAAUCUACAACGCCAGAGUCAACGGCGACAGAUGGCUGCGCCAAGCCUCGACCAGUGACAGCCUCCGCAUCGCCGCCGAAGUCUACCAGGAGAGACACUACGGGCGUCUCCCGCCGCCCAACUUUGACAAGUGGUACGAGUUCGCCAAGGAACGCAAAUCCGUCAUCAUCGAUCACUUUGAGCAGAUGGAGAGCGAUAUCCUUCCGUUCUGGGGCAUGAAGCCUGAGACGAUCCGCAAGGCGUACGACGAGAGGAUCCCGAAGGAGCCUCGGAUGGCCGUGGUCACGAUCCAAGACAAGAAAGCAAUCCAUAACUACAUGUGGGACGACGAGAACAAGAAGAUGCUCGACGCGAUGAUUGACAUGAUUCACGGAUUUGUUGAGCAUCUGUCGGAUAUGAAAAUACCGAUUAACCUGGCUGAUCAACCGAGAGUCCUGACUCCAUGGACAGAUUUGAUCAGGUACACCAAGGCUGGUAGGAACUCAUCGAAGAAGUUCAAGUUGCUAUCCUCACGAUCCGAGGAGUCUGCUGGAGGGCCACCUCCCGAGCCUCCGAAGCCAGAUGCUGCGCCCGAGGGCCAGAAACAAGAAAAUCCUCCCAAGCAGGAGGAGCCGAAGCAGGAGAUCCAACCACCCGCCCAAAACCAACCCGCAGAACCCCAAUUGGGUCUGCCGCCCGCCGCACCGCAGUCAAAUGCAAUGGCAUACGCCUCCACCAAAGCCUUCCGCGAACUGGAGGCCUCGGUUUGUCCCGCCGACAGCCCCGGCCGCUCAGGCCUCCACUGGAACAUCCGCGACUUCUGCUCCGACUGCGUCAAGUUUCACUCCGAAGACCAGUUCAUCUUCAGCUGGGCCGAGUCCAAGGCCCUCUGCGACCAGCAAGAUAUCACGCGCCUGCACAGCUUUCACCUCUCCGCCCCGAAGAUCGACCCGAUUCAGGAACUCAUACCCGUCUUCGGCAGGUCCAAGGCCGACGGCUUCAACGACAUCCUCAUCCCCCUCGUGCCGCCGGAGGACGAGGCCGCCGACCUCAACAAGCCGUUCCGCCAGCGCAAGGACGCGCUCUACUGGCGCGGCGCGAUCGGCGACCGGCCCAUCAGCGACGAGGCACUCCGCGGCAGCCACAAGAACCGGCUUGUGCACCUUGUCAACAACGCCACGGUCGUGGACGAGGUGACGAUGCUGCUCGUCGCGCCCGCGCAGAAGAACUACUUCGCUUACGAGGCCGUCCGCGCCGCCGAGGCCAACGGCAUUCUGCCCUUCAACGUCGGCAUCGCCGAGUACGACUGCCAGGGCCCGGCGUGCGACGUCGCCCACGCCGAGCUGGGGCAGGUACCGGCGGACGUGGACCCCUUGGAGCAUCGCUACGUGUUCCUACUCGACGAGGACUCGGCGCCGCCGCGGGACUUUCUGCGCACCAUCCGCUCCGCCGGCAGCGUGCCUUUCCUGACGUCGGUGUUUGGGGAGUGGUACUCGGAGCGGCUGAUCCCGUGGCUGCACUUCGUGCCGAUCGACCUGCGGUACCACGCGCUGCACAGCACGCUCGCGUACUUUGUCGGGCUCAACGGCAAGGGCAAGGUCAACGGGCGGACCAUCGAGACGGAGUCGCGGUGGGAGGACGGCGAGUGGAUCGCCACGCAGGGGAAGCGGUGGGCGGAGCAGGCGAUUCGGAGGGAGGACAUGGAGAUUUACCUCUUCCGGCUGCUGCUGGAGUGGGGCCGUGUUGUGAGGGACGAUCGGGAUAGCAUUGGUUUCCGGAUGGACAAGGCGUAA